AUGCUGCUCCUAAUAUCACUCUUAUUUAUCACCCAUCCCUCCUUUGUUAAAACCGCGCCCGGUCCCGGGCCCGCGCCAACACUCGCCCUGGGGGGCGAGUGGCGCCUUCUGCACGAGAGCAUCGGCAUUUCAGCCAUGCACAUGCAGCUUCUCAAGAACAACAAAGUGGUCAUGUUCGACCGGACCGACUUCGGCCCCUCCAACAUCUCCCUCCCGGACGGCAGGUGCCGGGACGACCCCAACGACAAGGUGCUCACAACCGACUGCACCGCGCACUCCAUCCUCUACGACGUCCACUCGAAUUCAUUCCGCGCCUUGACCGUCCAGACCGACACGUGGUGCUCGUCGGGCGCGGUCCUAGCCAACGGGACGCUAGUCCAGACGGGCGGAUUCAACGACGGCGACCACGCGGUGCGCACGAUAGCCGCGUGCGGCGUCGAGAGCUCCUGCGACUGGGCGGAGUUCCCCCACGCGCUGAGCGAGCGGCGGUGGUACGCGUCGAACCAGAUCCUCCCCGACGGCCGGAUCAUCAUUGUCGGCGGCAGAGCGCAGUACAACUACGAGUUCUACCCCGGCGAUUCGAGAUCGAUUAAAUUAGAUUUUCUCCGGCAGACGAAGGAUGGCUACGAGAACAAUCUGUAUCCGUUUCUGCACUUGCUUCCAGAUGGAAACCUCUUCAUCUUCGCCAACAGGCAAUCGAUCGUUUUGGAUUACAAGCAGGAUCGCGUGGUGAGGCAGUUUCCCGCCAUCACUGGCGGAGACUCUAGAAACUACCCGAGCACGGGAUCGUCUGUUUUGUUGCCGCUGGAUGAGAAUAUCACUCCGGUGGCGGCGGAGGUCAUGAUCUGCGGCGGCUCGUCGCACAACGCGUUCCAGCUGGCAGCAAAGGGGACGUUCCUCCGCGCUGCCACCACGUGCGGCCGCCUCAGGGUGACCGACGACCAGCCGGUUUGGGAGAUGGAGAAGAUGCCGAGCGCGCGCGUGAUGAGCGACAUGCUUCUGCUCCCCAGCGGCGACGUGAUCAUAAUCAACGGCGCGAGAUCGGGCGCGGCGGGGUGGGAAUCGGGGAGGAAUCCGGUCACGACUCCGCACAUCUACAAACCCAACGCUCCCGCCGGUAAAAGAUUCUCAUCCGCGGCGGCGUCCCCGCGGCCGCGGAUGUACCACUCGACGGCGAUCCUCCUCGCCGACGGGAGGGUCCUGGUCGGCGGCAGCAAUCCUCACAUAUACUACAACUUCACCGGCGUCGACUUCCCGACGGAUCUGAGCCUGGAGGCGUUCUCGCCGCCGUACCUGUCGCCGGAGCUGGAUCCGGUGAGGCCGCGGAUCGUGAGAGUGAGCGGGGGGGUGGGAUACAACGCGUCGUUCACGGUGACGUUCAGGGUGGCGGAGUUUUUGGAGGCGGAGGCGGUGUCGGUGAGGUUAAUGGCGCCGCCGUUCAACACGCACUCGUUCUCGAUGAGUCAGAGGAUGGUGGUGUUGAGGGGGGUUGCGGUGUGGUGCUUGGGAUUGGAGACGUAUGAGUUUGCGGCGUUGGGGCCGACGGCGCCAGAGAUCGCGCCGCCGGGGUAUUACGUGUUGUUCGUAGUGCAUGCUCGAGUUCCGAGCUCUGGGAUGUGGGUUCAGAUUCAGUGA